CAGGAACGUAGUCUUAUUUCACACGCGAACCACAUAACACGUUCACGCAUCGCCAGCUCCAGAAUCGGGUGAAAUCGCAAAUUAGCAAAAUAUAUUUCAUUUAACAAGGACCAAUCUGGACACAACAUUUCUCAGUGUUGACAAUAAAUCAUGACAGCGAAAAAUCGAUAUUUUGUCAUCUUCGCGAUUUCGCUGUCACUCUUUAUCGGAAAUAUCGAAGCGGGAUGGAAGUUUUGGAAAAAGGAGACUACUACUACUACCACCACGACACCAACUCCCGAAAAUGUUCAACUCACUCCAUCUCCGACACCGGAAUUAACUAGGCCGCAGGCCACGACGGCCAAAGGGUCAACAGUACCUGCUGUAAACACGGGAGGCGCUAUAAUAGGUGCUGCUAAUCCGGGACUAGCUAUCGGCGCGGGAACUACCGGACAAAAUGUACCAAACAACGUACGACCCGGUCGACCUAAUCCUGGAACAGAGGUCGGCCAGCACGUCGCCCUUCCAAAGCUAAAUAGACCGGCAGCCGAUGGCGGCCAGAAUUAUCGAAAUUGGGCUGCAGAUCUUACUGGAGCUGGAGAACCGCCCCGAAAUCAGCCAUCGAGAAUACCUAUUCAAGGACCUCAAGGACCUCAAGGACCUCAACCACCUCAAGGACCUCAAAGACCUCAAGAACCAAUAAGUGGUGGCCAGACACAGCCCAAUUUACCAUCUACAGACUCAAGGCCGCAGCCAAAAACGAGUCAACCUGCGGCUCCUAACCGGAUACCAGGAAACAUACCGACCCAACCGACUCAACCGUCGUCCACAGGUCCAAGACCAGGAAGCAUGCUCGGGAUUGCCGUGCAGCCUACACGGCCUCAGGUAACGCCUGACCCUAUCGCUGCGAUUUCCGGUGAUCGAAGCAGACCGGGCACACCGACCUCUUCUAUUUCGGGAGCAUCGUGGCCCGACGUUGCUGGCGGUGAUAGUAGAUCCGCUUCGCUUACAGGAUCGCCGAGACAACCUGAUUAUCCUAGACAACCGAAUGUGGAUGCAUCGGGCUUAAAUUCUGUAGGUGCCGGCGGAACAAAUCAGAACAGACCGAGUACACCAUCCCCGAGCCCAGGAAAAUCGUGGGCCGACGUUACCGCCGGUGGUAGUAGACCUUCUUCGCCUACAGGACUCCCUAGGCAACCCGCUCCAGGUGGUGAGAAUGAUCGCAGAACCAUAGGAAGACCGGCUCAACCUGACGAUUCUCGGCCGCCAUCUCCGGGAGUCGCUUCUCCCGGCACUUCCGCCACGAGUACUGUGGAUCCAAAUAAAAAUAAAAAAGUGUACUCCAGCAAUCCAACGUACAGUAGAGGGAACACGGUUACUGACGAGGACUUGGAGAAGCUUUCCGAGGCGCUUUAUAUUAAAGAGACGAAUAAUGCGAAUCGAUACAUAACACUUAAUGUGCAAAAGCCGACCACCAGCAGUAGCCCGAUAGACCAAGCUCCACAGCCGUUGCUCACGGUGAGCCCCGAAGCGUUGCAGAUUCCUACGGUUCAGAGGGUCCUAUCCAUAUUUGACAAUUAUCAAUUGGACACUCACACGAACGAGUAUAUUAGUCCAGCGCAAAGACAAGAGGAGAGUCUCCUUGUCGAUACCUUCUUAAGUACUAACGUGAUGGCCACAGCGAUGCGUUUCCUUGCCGACAAGAGUUUCAUCAGGCAGGAUUAUUAUGAGUACAAAGACACAUUGAGGAGAAUCUGGUUCAAUUUGUUCUCACGUGGACAAGGUAAGAUCGGUAGUACCGGAUUCGAGCACGUCUUCAUGGCGGAGACGAGACAAACGGAUUCAAAUACGGAGGUACUUGGUCUGCACAACUGGAUCUACUUCAACGCGGAAGAAAUGAAGAGACACGUCGACUAUUUAGGUUACAUCAACAAAGUCGAUUUAGGAAACAAAGGGUCCAUCGUUAAGGUACACGCAAAAUUCAAUGGCCACGACAAACCGGUUACGGCGCUGUUCGUCGGUACGUCGCCGGAAUUGGAAAUGGCGCUCUACACUGUCUGCUUCUACGUGAGACCGGACGGGAAAUGCCCAGUGUCUUUGGGAGGAACCAAAUUCAACAUAGUGACGUACAGAUUUCGAUACAGAGGAAAGGACUUGGUCGGAACAGCGUAUCCGGAAAUUUGAAUUCCACAUAAAAUACAUUGACCAAAUCGCAUUUCUUACAUGCCUUAUAAUAAAUAAAAUAAAACGGACCUUUAAAACGCUAAUCGCAAUUUUUGCGGAAGGAUGUAAAUGUUUAAUAUGUAAUAACAGUUUUACAUAAUCCCACAAAAAUAAAAAAUAAUAUGUCGCUAUAAUAGUCGCGAUUAAACUUUUAAAGGUCCGUUAUAUCUCUCUAUAUUUAGUACUCAUAAAGUUAAU